AUCGCGUCUAAAGGCUCUUCACCCCUGCGACGAUACCAUGUCAUUCGUAAACAACUACACACCUCCCGCCGGACCCAAUCUCCCAAUUCUUCCGGAAUCCGAGAUGUACGGGCCCGAUCCGUAUGAUGUCAACUUCGCGUUCCCCCUCCAUCUCGGUAGUCUGGAAAGCGAGCGCGUUCGCUUGACGCCGUUCAUCCCUGCCAUCCACGCCGGGGCCUACUGGGAGGGCAUCGAGCCGCAUCUCACGGAGAUCUUCCGCUACUUCCCCAUCACCAUGCCCGCCACCCUCGCCGAGUUCCUCUCCUACAUCGAGAAGUAUUACCGUUCCAACCCCGAGUUCAUCAUGUUCGCCAUCAUCGACAAGACACGCCGCGACGAAACCCGGCCGGAGCUAGGCGGCAGCGUGGCAGGCGUCAUCGCGCUCCUACGCGCCUCCGUAGCCCAACUCAUGGCAGAGAUCGGAUAUGUCGUGAUCCUGCCCGACUUCCAGCGAACGCACGUUGCGUCCAACGCCGUUGGGAUUCUGUUGGAGUACUGUCUGCAGCUGCCGACCGCGUCUCCGCCCGGACUUGGGCUGAGGCGGGUGCAUUGGACGGUCCAUCCCGAUAAUACAGCGUCCAAACGGUUGGCACAGAGGCUUGGAUUUAAGCACGAAGGAGUCCUGCGGUGGACGUGGGUGUUGCCGCAGUCGCGGUCUAGUGAAGGGAAUCCUCCUCGUGAAGGCGACUCGUACGCGCCUCGCGGCGGUCUAGAUACCGUGUACAUGGGCCAUUGCUGGGAUGAUUGGGAGAACGGAGGAAGGGAAAUGACCCAACGAGCGAUCGAUCGUCAAAUGGUAUAGGGAACUGGGAGCCUAUAGAGGCAUUUUACAGAUGUCACGACGGCUUCUAACUCCAAUGUGAAAUGUUGCGUGAUAAGGUCCAUGAUUCAGUAGCUGGUUCGAGGCGGUAUGUUCGACAACUUUGUGUUAAGAAUUCGGGCGGAACGCUCCUAUUUGGUGAAGCGACAAAGGUGCAGCGAAACCCCCGAUCAAGGAUCUAGCCAAGGCGUUUGAGGCAUUUGAGGCGUUUGAGGAGGAUCCUUUCGAAGACGGUACUCUAUCCAUUCAUAACCAUUCUCCGUGCGUGGCAGCUCGUCCUCGCCGGAGAAUUUGCCCGGCCCCCAGGG